AUGCAUUUGAAACCUUGGCUCGUGUACAGCUUUGUUGCUCCAGGGUUAUUAAGGUCACAGUGUAAUGCAAUUGCUCGGCAGCCCCAGCUUUUGGCUUUCGCUUCUGCUUUUGCGAUUAGCUUCUUUGCAAUUCCCUUCCUUCGGAAAUUUUCACGGACCGCAACAUUUGACACUCACAUAUCCUUUGCCGAGAUUGAUUUUUCCAAUCUUGAAAUAAUCAUCACUGCCGAUAAAGAACGAAUCCUCACCACAGCUUUCAGUAACAGCAACAAGGCAAGACCUUUUACAGCCCUUCGGUAUCGAGAAUCCAAAGAGCAUCCCAACAAGCCUGUCGAAUCUCAACAUGAAAUCCAGAGGAAAAGAAUAUUCCGGAAAGAAAGAACUACAGUGUGUCUCGGCCACUUCCCAACAAUCUUCUAUCCUUGCCUCACGAACAAUGAUAUUUUGGUGGAAAUCCAAUGCAUUAGGUGA